AUGUUCUAUAUGGUUCCAGAUUAUAUCAAUAACGUCACACGCACCUUCUGUGAGAGCAAGAAGCUGACCACAGACAAGGCCAAAAUCAAGGACCUGUCCCAGAUCCUGAAGAAGAUGCCCCAGUACCAGAAAGAGCUGAACAAGUACUCCACGCGCCUGAACCUGGCCGAGCACUGCAUGCGGCACUUCAAAGGGACGGUGGAGAAGCUGUGCAGCGUGGAGCAGGACCUGCCCAUGGGGACGGACGUGGAUGGGGAGAAGAUCAAGGACCCCAUGAAGAUCAUCGUGCCCGUCCUGCUGGACCCCAGUGUGCAGGCCUAUGACAAGAUCCGCAUCAUCCUGCUCCACAUCUUCCUGAAGAAUGGUGUGGGUGAGGAGAACCUCACCAACCUGAUCCAGCAUGCCAACAUCCAGCAGCAGAGCAACAUCAUCCACAACAUGCAGUUCCUGGGCACCUCCCUCACACCUGGGAGCGGGCAGCUGCGACCCGAGAGGAAGGUGCGGCUGGAGUCCACCUACCAGCUCUCCCGCUGGACCCCCAGGCUCAAGGACGUCAUGGAGGACAUCAUUGAGGACAAACUGGACAAGGAGCUGUGGCCCUUCGUGUCAGACCCAGUCCCUGCCGCCAGCCCCCAGGCUGCUGUCAGCACCCGCUUCAGGCAUUGGCACAAGAACAAGCCAGCGGCCGGGUACCGGACGGGCCCGCGCCUCAUCAUCUAUGUGCUGGGUGGGGUGUCCAUUUCUGAGAUGCGCUGUGCCUACGAAGUGACCCAGGCCACGGAGGGCAAGUGGGAGGUGGUGAUUGGUUCCAGUCACAUCCUGACCUGA